UCUCUUCCCACGCGACGGCAUCCCGACACCGAUCUUUCAUGUCUAACACCAUCCCCACAUCUCGCGCGAGAUAUUAAUUUAUAAGGACGAAUCAACUCAUUAUUAUUAUCAUCGUGUAGACCGAGGUUCUCAUUUACGGGACGUGAUGAACUCCACAUUUUUUUGUCUAAAGUACACUCUUAUCACACGUAAGUUCGGCUGUCAUUGACAGACGAAGUGUCGAACACGCAUGCGAGUGUCGAGUGCUGGACCAUCCCCACGCACUGCACCUUCCAUCGCCCAUCCCAGCGACCAUCGAGCGACGUGGUAGGGGAAGAAGCGAGUAUGCCAGUCUUCUCGUAGCACCGAUCGGAAUAGGGUGUCGUUCGAAUCUUCGCCAGCCGCAGUUCUCGCAUCUGCGUAAAAUGAAUGACGAAUGAAUUCCCCGGCCGCGGCGCAAAUCUGUGGGAUAGACUGGUGGAGAACGUUCGAUUUUAUAACACGCGCGAGGAAGGGGUGAGGAGCAACGCGAGUAAUACGUGGACGGACAUCGCUCGCUUCGGUAAUCGAAAUGAAGAAAAGAAGAAACACGUAAUCACGUCUGGAUUAAUCGCGGCGACAAUAAUUAUGAAGACCGAAGUGGAAACGGAUUCCGAAAGUGCGGACGGCGUCUUGUGCCCGACGACCUCGCCCACUAUCACCACGAACGUCGCCACCAACAACAUGCACAACAAUAACAACAAUACCAAUAGCAAUAACAACAAUGUUGCCGUUGCGACGAUAAUAGACACGAAGAAGGGCGGCAUCGAGAACGGAUACAAUGCCGCGGAGAUGGACUGCGGCGGCUGCGGGGAGAGCGUCCGCGAGCGCGUCGUCCUGUGCGUAGGGGGUCGUACCUGGCACUCCAGAUGCCUAAAGUGUUGCGCCUGUGCGAGGCCCCUGCAUGACCAGCACUCGUGCUUCCUGCGCGGCAUGCGGCUCUACUGCAGGCACGAUUACGCCCUAACAUUCGGCGCGAAAUGCGCGAAAUGCGGGCGAAGCGUGGGCGCCGGGGACUGGGUGAGGAGGGCUAAGGACAGGGUAUACCAUUUAGCCUGCUUCGCGUGCGACGCCUGUUCCCGUCAGCUCUCCACCGGCGAGCAGUUUGCGCUUUUGGACACCCGGUUGCUCUGCAAGACUCAUUAUCUGGACGUGGUCGAGGGUAACAACACUUCCUCGUCGGAGGACUGCGACUCCGAGCACGGCGGCAAGGGCAGCAAGACAAAGCGCGUGAGAACGACCUUCACCGAGGAACAGCUCGCGGUCCUGCAGGCUAACUUCCAAAUGGACAGCAAUCCCGACGGCCAGGAUCUCGAGAGGAUAGCCCAGGUGACCGGACUCAGCAAACGAGUUACCCAGGUUUGGUUCCAAAAUUCCAGGGCGAGGCAGAAGAAGCACAGCGGCAAGAUCAAGACUCAGAUGCAUCAUUCACCACCGAUACCGCAUCACCCGGUUGACCUGUAUCCUAGUGGAAUAAACGUGGUCGGCGCUUACCUCGGCAAUUAUCAGGCCAGUAACGCCGGCAGCGAGAGUCCAGGUAGCCCGUUGACGCCUCUCACACCCUUGACACCGCUCACGCCAACGACGCCGAAUCACUUGCAGGCUCAAUUUUGCCAUCCAGCGGGAUAAUCCCGAUGCGAAUCUACCCGCGUCACCGUUGAUAUUAAUUAUGUAUAAAAAAAGUCUUGAGAUGAACUGAUUUGUAUAUACUUUUCGAAGAGGUGUAAAUUAAGAGUGUGUUUAUCGUUGACUUUAUCUAAUAUAUUAAAUAUACAAAGUUUUUCGUAUUUAAAAUUAGAUUAAGAUUAUUUAUUCGGAAUUUGUAGUAAUUUACUGUGUAUUCAUCAUGGCGAAUGAAUCUCUUAAGCGACAUAAGAAGAGAGAAAAAACGCGGAAACAAAUUCACGUUUGUCACGUUUUUCUUUCAAGUCUUCGAUGAAGACAUUCUUCCAAAUGUUUUCUUCGAAGAUCGAAGUUGAUAACACGAUAAUGCGGAGUUGUAUAUAGAAAAUUGUAGUUUUUGUACAUAUGCGAAAGGACUACCUAAAGCAGUAUAGAUAUAGGAUAAUAAUCGAAGAAUGUAUAUGAAAAUUUGAUAUCGCGUAGUCAUUGCUGCAAUAUUAUAAACUAUACUGUUAUCAAUAAAACGCCUUUUAUUGUUGCUCA